CCGGUUGCGACCCUUCGACAGACAAAUGCUGCAACAAGAUCGUUGUAAGUGUAUCAUCUGUUUCAAAUCUCCACUAAUCGCUCAGAAUAAGGGUGCACCCAUUACCAAGUCACACUCAGCAGGGCCUCAAUAGGUCGUGUUACGUAUUGACAGAUCCUGGUUUCAGAUGCCUAAUCACCUAAAACCCCUGGUUACAUCUCGCGGCUAUUCUUCUGUGCACAACCACAGCGACCGAUCUAGACCUCGUCAUCUAGAUCAUAGAACAACUCAUUCGGCAUCUUCAACAGUCGCUGUUUCCUUCCAUUUGGAAGCAUAGAAAAUAAAAAGUAUUGAAUUGUGCACUUUUAUGCGUGUGCAUAACUCACCUUCUGCGACUUGGUUGUGCGCUGCAUUAGUUAUCCUGGUAUCUCGGAACUACGGGACGCUUCGUGAUACCGCGACGGUUUCGAAGAGUCAUAGUCCUUCCUUCGCCCACCUGGCCCUUGUAGCUCCGCCCGGUUAUACACCACAGGGUCAAGGAGAAGUGGCUAGAAUCGAGAAAAGCCCAAUUCUCGUGACUCAUCUUUUAUAUGACUGCGAACCUUUGGUCUCAGUAUGCCUCACCAAGAAGAGCUCUAGCGCUGCGCACGAUGAGAAACACUUGAGACGAUUUCCGGAAACAUAAAAUCUUAGUAAUAUAAUCAUUCAGCUCUGUCCAUAUCAUCGCGUUUCCGCUUCCCACUUGCAGAUCCACCGCGACCACCAGCACGACCAAUCCCCUCCCCACGCUUACCUCCCUUUCGCGCUUGCAAUUCCUUCAUAUCAGACACACUCGCUCGCUGUGCAUCGGCAACACGCUCAGCCAAGAUCAUGACACCUUCCUUGUCUGCAUCAUACAACGGCAUCUUCGUACCCAAUGCCGCUUCGAUGCGCAAGUAUAGCUCAAGAUCAUACUGCGUCACAAGCGAGAUACUCUUCCCUGCUCGUCCAGCACGAGCCGUUCUACCAACACGAUGAAUAUAACUCUUGGAGUCUGUUGGAAUAUCGAAAUUGAUCACUGCAUCCACCAAUGGGAUAUCGAGACCGCGAGAAGCAACAUCAGUCGCAAUCAAGAUACUGCGU